UUACUGGAGUGUGUCAUUAUGUGGCAGGAAGUGUUGUAAACGAGAACUAAAUCAUUUUAAAUAUGCGUGUUAGUUAGCCAAACCGUUUGACAAAACUAAAAAAACUAAAACGUUCAUGAGAUGUAUAAGAAUUGAAAGAAUGUUUGAUGUUUCACGAAAGACGAACAAACUUAACCGAAUUAUACUAUAAGAAAGGACCAUCAUGUAUGAUUAUGAACCGUUACAAAUGUGCAUAUAAAGGGUAAUAUGAGUGUAAUCAACAACAGUGAUUUGAUAGAAAUUCACACCUGCAAGUACAACAUCGGAAAAUAAGCCUUAAAUGUCGGAGAGCGAGGAUGACAAAUACCGCACAGGGGAAGAGACUCUGUGGGAGGCGGCGUCGAGGAGCGACAUCCCGUUGAUAGUCAGGGUAAAUGAGACGUAUGAAAACGAAGACUACGACGACGCCGGUUGGUUUGAGGACGGUAUGGAGCUCAUGGUGGAAGGUACACGCUCGAUCCCGUACGCUCGGGUCCGGGUUUUAGACGUACACGACGAAGAGCAGGCGCGAAAGGCGCACUACGACGAUUUCGUGGAGGAGAUGCAAAUGUUCUUGGACCAGAUGUACCUGAUGCCUAUGCACGUCCCUUUGAAAUUGAAGCUGGUCACUCGACCAGGGAAACCAAAUAAGUAUACCUCAAUAGCACAAGUGCGUAUAGAGUGGAAGUGUUUGAGAUUUUGUAUUUAGUUUAGAAUACGACUUUUUCCAUAAAUUCGUUAAGUUAGAUAUUUUCUGUUUUUGUUUAUAUUGUGUGCUAUUUAUGAUAACGUACUCACAUUUAACAAUGUAUUUAAUCAGAACAUUUACCACAGUUAUCAAACAAUGUCACUUGAUAAAACGUUUUAAGAUUUUAAAAUUAUUUUAACAAUACUCAAAAUCGAGUAAUGUUUGCUUAGAAAUACUUUUAUUAGAGUCAAUUAUUGGGUAAUUUCAUUUGUCAUGAAGUUUAUUUAUCGGCAAACGGAUAUAUUUAUUUAUACUUUUAACUGACCAGUAGGAUCUUGAGUACGGACAAAAAUAUUAUCUACUAUAAACUUGCAAUUUAUUUAUUUUUUAAAUACAGAGUGUCUAAAAAAUAAUUGUUUCUUUUGUCAAUGUCACAGAUUAUUGGGCGAUAUAGGUUAAGAUGUCACUAAUUUCGGGCGACAACAUGUGUAAUAUUAACAUUUAUUUAACGGUGAUAUGGUAUACGCAUAAAAAUCAUAAGAAUCGGACUAUAUAUUUCCCUAAUAGAAUUUCUUUAUAUACGCAUACAUACGUUUAUAAACAAUCUACAUAUGAAUUGCUUCAUUAUUCACAAUAUUUACAAGGACGGGAAAGUUUAUUGAACAAUUUUAAGUAUAGGAAUACAUUUUCAAAAGUGAAGGGGGCAUAUGUGUGUGAAACACAAAGCUAAUUAGUUCUACGUGCUGUCUCAUCAUUCCCAGAUUCUAGUAGAACAGUGGCCAAUUACUGGCAUAAGUAUGUAAAAUUAGUAAAGGAAACGUAGUAGUAUGUUAGCCGUGAUAUACUUGCAAUAGUAUUAUAUAAGGCGCAAAAAUACAAGUAAAAAAAUCAUGAUCAUUAACGUUAUUCAAUGAAGGUUUGAGAUUAGUUUCGGACGCAAUGGAAUUUAAUUUAUACUAAGUGUUUUAUUUGAUUAGAUUUUAAAUGCAAAAGGAUAAGUUUUAAUGAAGAUUUUCUUUUUGUUCCUAACAAAAGUUUGAAGUAUCAGCUCAUCUCACUGAAAGCGAAUUCAACGACUAGAACAAUAUGAAAUAUGAACACUUGAGAGCAAGGUUGAAAAAUUAUUUUGUUCGCCUGCGUGUAUCUUUCUUAACUUAAGAGUUUUUCAAAUUACAAUAGAGAGCUCAAAAGAAUAAGAUGAAGCGGAGUGAAAAGAAUAACGAGUAAUUGAUUUAGAGUAAUGUGUGCAAUUAUUUACAUAAGCAAGUCGCUAUAAUUUUAUAUUGUGAAAUUAUUUAUAUGAUAGUGUUCGGCUUUAUUAGAAAAACGCUAUUUAGGAAUGUGGUCAAAACUUGCAAACUAUUUUUUUAAGCACUAUUAUUUAUAUUGCAUGUCAUUCUUACAAUUUUUAUUGAAAAUCACAUUGAAAGAUUUAUCAACUUUGAAAUUGACAACGGAAAUGGGCCCCAGACACAUUAUAUAUUGUUCAUUAAGGAUUAAUUAAUUUUUGCCACAAAGUUUUCAUUUAUACACCAGGUUUUGUUUUUAUUUGGACUCUGAAUUGGCAAGAAUGGAUCACAAUAUGCUUUUAUGAUAAACAAGAAAUAGGAAUACUUGUUGACAAUUGGACGGUUGAAAUCAGGACAUGCUCAAAAGUCAGUUUAUGUGCUUCUAAGAGUGUGUAUAAAAUCCAUUAAAGGGGCCUUUUCACAGAUUUUGGCAUUUUUUAACUUAUUCAUUAAAUGCUUUAUAUCGAUAAAUGUAAACAUUGGAUCGUAAAAGCUCCAGUAAAAAACAAGAAUAAAAUUAAAAAAAGGAAAAGAACAUUGCCCGGACCAGUUUUCGAACCAGUGACCCCUGGAGUCCUGCCAGAGUCCUGAAGUAAAAACGCUUUAGCCUACUGAGCUAUUCCGCCGAGUACACAUGCUGAACGUAUUUUAUACCUUAUAUAAGCAAUCUUCGUAGUUUCACAAAAUUUAACGACAAAAACAGAACUCUCCAAAUUAUUCAAUCGUUUCGCGUUGCAACGCUUUAUAAUUUUUAGGUUUUAAAAUCGUCAAAAGAUGCAUAUAAUGGCUCUAUUAGACCAUGGUAAAUGUUCAGUAUUACUGUUUCCUCACAAAUAUCAUAACUAAAACGAAAAUUUGCGAAUUUGAAACAACUUUUUUCAAUUUUGUCAAUUUACCAAAGCGUGAAAAGAUCCCUUUAAACAUACUGGCAAACAUGUUCUCGUGUAGAAUGGACAGUGCUACAUGAACAACCUUGGUAGAGCAUAACACAUGAAAUGCGAAGGAAAAGUACUGCAGUGCAUCGGUUUGUAGAUGUUUCGAUGUGACGAUGAUGAUCAAUCUACUGGCGUUAUUUAUGGUUAACUGUUAGUUACCUGGUACCUGUACCCAGUAAAACUUAUUACCGAAUAUACUGAAAAUAUGAAAACUUAACCACUUUUUUUAAGUAAUGUAAUAUACCAGUCGUGAUAUUUUAAUCAAUAUAAACUAAUACUAAUACUUGUAAGAAAAAUACGGUAUUUUAGAACUUUUUUUUUUCGUCAUUCGUGGUUGACGGUACCUUAAAGAUUAAUAAAUGAAACAUAAAACAUAGAGAUCCAACUAUUGGACACUACACUUUCAUAAAAAGUAUUCAGAUUUUGUUGUAUCCAAAUUCAAUAUUUUUCCACAGGAGCAUUAUGAGAAAAUAAUAGUAUAAUGACCUGACUUUUUACAUGACAAUCUUAUUUACUGCAAUGACAAACGAUCCCUUAUGACUGAUUUAUUUGAAUUUUGAAUUUAUUAAAAAUUUUGCAAUUUGUGGGAUAAAAUUUAAAAAGUCAGAUAAAUGGAACAACUUAUGCACGCUGGUAUCUCUGAUUUUAGAAUGUCGCUUUGAAUGUAUUGUAUUGUUUGAAAAACUGAGUUUGAUGAACAUUUGGAAAGUAUACACAUAGAAACCAUAUUGUUUCACCUGUAUUGUAAAGUUGAACGGGACAUGCAAUUAAUACUACUACAAUAACGCUGGCAUGUAAAUAUCGGACACAAAACGCUAUUUAAAUAAAUGUAUGCAACCGAGAUUCUUAAAGACAUAAGUUCUUGUCGAGUAUUCGUCCCUAACUUACUGAAACGUACACAUAGAAACGAACACAGAAGAGAAAAAUCAGAACGCGGAGUUUACAUUUAAAUGCAAAGAAUAGUUAUUGUAUGCCCAUGAUGUCAUCUUCCUUUUGCAGGUGAUAGAGGACAUGCCGAUGAAGCUUCUGGUCAACCGAGAUGUGAUAUCGAUACCGCCUGGUGGCGGUCACAACACACUGGUUCCGGCAAACACGGUGCUCACCGUCAAGCGCGUGUUCACUUGCUCUAUCGAUAAGGCGCGCUAUCUUCAAUGCUCAUUUGCAUCGCAGCAUGUGUCAUUUAAGGAGACGUUACGCGUGCAGUUUAGUGCCAUCGGCAACGACUCUUUGUACACUAUGCACUAUUGACAGAUGACCAACGUGUUUCCCACAGUAUUUGAGUUUCUGAAUCCGAAACCGGACGACGUUGUGCAUUAUGUCGAUUACGAAGCCAAUGCCGCACUCACCAUAGCAGAAGGUCCGUUGGAGAUACUGGGCAUCGAACGCCUUAACGUUGUCCUCGCCUGGAAAAGCCAACAGGAAGCAAAAUCGUAUAGUACAUUGGUCAUACCGGAGUCCCGCGCAAAGACGUUAAUGGUUCAGAAACGUCAUUUUAAGGACAAAUUUAUUAAGAACAACUAUAUGCAUAGAAAGUAUACGGCGUGCACGCAUCUGGACUUUGUCUCUGAAAAGUUGUAUUUGAUACCGCAGGAUCCACCGAAUGCUGUGUGUCUGAAAAGUCCAAAUCUUUUCUUCUUUGACCCGAAUGCUGGUCGACUCCGCAUGGCAAAGAAUGGCAUCAUAUUUAAUCCCUCCUCUGAUGAAGAAUCAUACGACAGCGACGACGUCUACGCAGACAUAGCGCCCCCUAUACCAGAACGAAUUCCAAUCACCUGUCCUCAGGCUUUACAGAAUGUUAAAAAGAAACUCGGUUUUUUUCACAAGAUUCACGAUGAAAUCAAGUCCUUAUUUAAAAGAAAAGGGAAAAGUCGACGGAGAAAAAGGCGAGGUGAACAAAUGCGAGAACCCGGUGAAUGUCCAAGCAAUCCCUUGUACAGGCGUUCAAAAUCUAUGUCUGACAUCGACAAACUAGACGACAACGCUAUCUGGAAUGUCAAAAAUAUCAGGACUAUGGCUUACAGGAAACCCUCCGCUCCACCUCCUGUGUGCAAUGACCCACAACACAGCAAUAUACCUAAACGAAGCAUUCCAUCUACACUGAAUAAGUUCACCUCCAGCUUUCUAACUGAGAGCUUCAUGAAACCUACCCCAAGAGUUCCAUCCAUACCAAGCAAGAGUAAAUCCGAGUCCAGCUCUCCAACUGACGCAUACACUACAAAAACCAACAGCUUCUCACCAACACUGAGCAGGAGUCGAUCCGCCUCAAGAUCUCCGUCUGAAAUACGCAGGGAAUCGCGCCCCCUUUCGGCAUUAGUGUCCUCCCACAACGACGAGGAAUCUGAUAUCUGCAUAAUUCCGUGCCCCUCGGUACCUCCGCGACGUUCCGCAAGAGCUCCGAGAAGCCCUGCACCACAUAGGCCGCCGCCACCGAUUCCGCUUGACGGUAACAAUAGAAACCACCUGAUUGCUAACGCCGAACCUUGUGACCAUCCCGAAGCACUUCCGGUAACUACCCACUCCGAAAAAGCCAACGAGAACGCAGGGUACGCAACGAUAUCGCAGAAACGCAUGGAAAGUAUCCUGUGCCCCGGACAAACGAGUGAAGACUUUUACAAGUAUUCCGUUAUUGAACUAUACCACCUGUUGAAGCACUUCAAUCUUCAUGACAUCGCUAACAUUUGCUACGAUUACCGUUAUGAUGGGAAGUACUUCGCAAACGUAGAUGUUCAGGAGCUCCUUCAAGAUCAACCGUUCAGUGCCUCUAACAUUCAGAUACUGAAGUUUAAAAAGCUCCAGGAUGGAUGGCGUCCUAGUACUUACACUUAGUGCGCGUCGCAAAGUUACGCUAUCCAUUACAUUUAUAUACGCCUUAAACGGCAAUAUUGGAUGACUGAAAUAGAUUGAUAAAUAUUUAAAGAGCAUAAAUCAUUAUGUUUGAUUCACCUUAUAAUUAUAAUGCAGUUCAAUUACAACUCAAAAUCUACAAUAAUGACUAAGUAAAAACUAUUGCAUCCAUUCGUAUUCUUGCGGGUCUUUUUAUUGAAAUAUAUGCUGUUUAGGACGAUUUGCAGUCCCAUUUGCAUGAGGCUUGCCUUAUAAGUACACAAUUGUUGUAUGUUAUAAAUACAGAAAUAAUG